GCAGCCAGGGAGGCGGGGGCCCGGGCCGCUCUGGAUGGUGGCGAAAAUGAUCAUAGAAAACUUCGAGGCGCUGAAAUCCUGGCUCAGCAAAACCUUGGAGCCCAUAUGUGAUGCAGAUCCAUCAGCCCUAGCUAAAUACGUUCUUGCCUUGGUAAAGAAGGAUAAAAGUGAGAAAGAGCUGAAGGCAUUAUGUGUUGAUCAGCUGGAUGUAUUUCUUCAAAAGGAGACCCAGAUAUUUGUUGAAAAACUUUUUGAUGCUGUGAAUACAAAGAGCUAUCUACCUCCGCCAGAGCAGCCAUCAUCAGGAAGCCUAAAAGUUGAAUUUUUUCAACACCAAGAAAAAGACAUAAAAAAGGAAGAGAUAAUUAAAGAGGAAGAGAGAGAAAAAAAGUUUUCUAGAAGACUAAAUCACAGUCCUCCUCAGUCAAGCUCUCGGUACCGAGAAACUAGAAGCCGCGAGGAAAGAAAAAAAGAUGAACGUUCUCGCAAGAGAGAUUAUGAUCGUAACCCCCCUAGAAGGGAUUCAUAUAGAGACAGGUACAACAGAAGAAGAGGGCGGAGUCGGAGCUACAGCAGGAGUCGAAGCAGAAGUUGGAGUAAGGAACGAUUGCGGGACCGGGAUAGGGACAGGACCAGGAGCAGAAGUAGAAGUAGAACACGAAGCAGAGAAAGAGAUUUGGGAAAGCCAAAAUAUGAUUUGGAUAGAACAGAUCCAUUAGAAAACAAUUAUACUCCAGUUCCGUCUGUAACAAACAUUUCAUCUGGCCAUUACCCUGUCCCUACGCUGAGUAGCACUAUUACAGUUAUUGCUCCUACUCAUCAUGGUAAUAACACUACUGAAAGUUGGUCGGAGUUCCAUGAAGAACAGUUGGACCACAACUCAUAUGGAAGACCUCCACUGCCAAAGAAACGCUGCAGAGACUAUGAUGAAAAGGGUUUCUGUAUGAGAGGAGACAUGUGUCCCUUUGAUCAUGGAAGUGACCCAGUAGUUGUGGAAGAUGUGAAUCUUCCUGGCAUCCUGCCUUUUCCAGCACAGCCCCCUGUUGUUGAAGGACCACCUCCGCCUGGACUUCCUCCCCCACCACCAAUUUUAAGUCCUCCACCUGUUAAUCUUAGACCACCAGUGCCACCUCCAGGCCCUUUACCACCUAGUCUUCCACCUGUUACAGGACCACCUCCUCCACUUCCACCUUUACAACCUGCUGGCAUGGAUGCUCCUCCAAACUCAGCAACCAGUUCUGUUCCUACUGUUGUUACAACUGGUAUUCAUCACCAGCCACCUCCUGCUCCACCCUCUCUCUUUGCAACAGAAACAUAUGACACAGAUGCCUAUAAUCCUGAAGCUCCAAGUAUAACGAACACUUCAAGGCCCAUGUACAGACACAGAGUGCAUGCCCAAAGGCCUAAUUUGAUAGGACUUACAUCAGGUGAUAUGGAUCUGCCCCCCAGAGAAAAACCUCAGAAUAAAAAUAGUAUGAGGAUAGUGGUGGAUUCUGAGUCCAGGAAGAGAUCAAUUGGCGCAGGGGAUGGAGGAAUUCCUACAAAGAAGGCUUGGUUUGACAAGCAAAACUUUAACAGAACAAACAAUCCUGGUUUCCAGAAGAAGGUGCAAUUUGGAAACGAGAAUACGAAGCUUGAAUUGAGGAAAGUUCCUCCAGAACUUAACAAUAUCAGCAAACUUAACGAGCACUUCAGCAAAUUUGGAAACUUAGUCAAUUUACAGGUUGCCUAUCAUGGUGAUCCAGAAGGUGCCCUUAUCCAGUUUGCCACCCACGAAGAAGCAAAGAAAGCUAUAUCAAGCACAGAAGCAGUAUUAAAUAAUCGUUUUAUUAAAGUCUAUUGGCAUCGAGAAGGCAGUGCUCCACAAAUGUCAGCUACCAUGCAGAAGGUAAUACAGCCUUUAGUUCAGCAACCCAGUUUACCAGUAGUGAAGCAGUCGGUCAAAGAGCGAUUAGGUCCUGUACCUGCAAGUAAUAUUGAGCCCGCAGAGGCUCAGAGUGCCAGUACAGAAGUUGCUCAGAAUGUGACUAAAUUAUCUGUGAAAGAUAGGCUGGGUUUUGUGUCAAAACUUCAUGCUUCAGCAACAGAGAAGGUAUUGUCCACGUCUACUGGCUUGACAAAAACUGUAUACAAUCCUGCUGCUUUGAAGGCAGCACAGAAAUCUUUGCCUGUUGUUUCCACUUCCAUUCUAGAUUCCAAUGAAGCACAGAAGAAAAAACAGGAAACACUAAGACUUCAACAAGAUGUGAGAAAGAAAAAACAGGAGAUCUUAGAAAAGCACAUUGAAACACAAAAGAUGCUGAUUUCAAAGUUGGAGAAGAACAAACCCAUGAUGAAGUCAGAAGACAAAGCAGAAAUAAUGAAAACACUGGAGACUUUGACUAAUAGCAUUACCAAGUUAAAGGAUGAAUUAAAAGGUGUCUCUUCUGGAGGUGCUCCUCUGAAAAGCUUGAAAACUAAGGCUCAGAUGCAGAAAGAAUUACUGGAUACUGAGCUUGAUUUGUACAAGAAGAUGCAGGCUGGUGAAGAAGUGGCUGAACUAAGAAGAAAGUACACAGAACUGCAACUUGAAGCUGCCAAACGAGGGAUUCUUUCUUCUGGUCGUGGUAGAGGAAUUAAUGCACGAGGUCGGGGUGCAUCACGUAGCAGAGGCAGAGGAAUACGAGGCCGGGGUCGCGGAAGAGGGGUUCCAGUUCAUGCAGUUGUGGAUCAUCGACCGAGGGCACUGGAGAUCUCUGCAUUCACAGAAAGUGAUAGAGAAGAUCUUCUUCCUCAUUUUGCGCAAUAUGGUGAAAUUGAAGAUUGCCAGAUAGACGACUCUUCUCUCCAUGCGGUGAUUACUUUUAAGACGAGAGCAGAAGCUGAAGCUGCUGCUGUUCACGGAUCUCGAUUCAAAGGACAGGAUUUGAAGUUGGCAUGGAAUAAGCCAGUUAUUAAUAUGUCUGCUGUUGAAACAGAAGAAGCUGAACCAGAUGAAGAGGAAUUUCAGGAAGAAUCCUUGGUGGAUGACUCAUUGCUUCAAGAUGAUGAUGAAGAGGAAGAGGAUAAUGAAUCUCGUUCAUGGAGAAGAUGAUUCAACUGAUCAGAGAAAGUGCUGGAACUGUACCUACAUUGCAUUAGUAUUACCUAAUGUACUUUUGCUUGUUUGUACUAAAAGGUUUUUUGGUAAAUGUGAUGAAGUUGAAUUUCAGAAAUAGACUAAAAAGCAGCUGAUCAAUCCUGUAUUUUGCCAGAUUCAUGUUUGAGUUGUUUCAGUAAAUGAUUGCUAAAGACAUCUUAUUAGAAACAUAUGCAAUGUUUUUAUUACAUACUUCUCCUGAAAGUUAGAGAAUUCUUUGGAUUCUUUGUAAUUUAAUCAAUUGGUCAAAAAAAAAAAGACCAAGAGUUGUUAUAACAUAGAUAAUUUUUGUUCUAUUCCAGAUAUGGAAUGAAAAUUUGCAUUUAAAAUCUUUGUGAAUGUUUUCAGAAAUGAAUAGAUAACAGUACUAAACUGAAGUCUCUAAAGUUAUGUAUUCAUAAUAUUGCAUAGUAGUAUGCUUAGGCUUUACUAUGUACUAGCCUUUUGUUGGAUUUGUGUACGUAUUUUACGUAUGGGUUUUAAUGAUACAGUGUAUGACUGCUUUGCAUAUAAGUCCUUAUGACUUUAAGAUGUUUAAAAAAAUAAAGAAAUGGAAUG